AUGGGCUACAGGGGCAUCGUGCAACGAUUUUUGAAGAACGCCUUGGCAAAAGCGUUGUAUGACAACAAAGCCGAGUGUCCGGAUGAGCUCGCCUUCCGCCGAGGAGACAUCCUGACGGUGCUUGAGCAGGAUCCCCUUGGGAGCGAAGGAUGGUGGAAAUGUUCCCUCCAUGGAAAGCAAGGCCUUGCUCCUGCCAAUCGCCUCCAGCUCCUCACCCCUUCGCAAGCCCCCUCCAUCCAGCACGACUCGCAAGGCCUUCGGGCCAGCCCCGGAACCAUCUAUCAGGUUCCUUCUGCGCGCCAGUCUGCUGGGCCGGCAGCCCCCGUCUACGAAAGAAUGGACAGUUGGAUUAAGCCUCGCUCCUCUUCCUUGCCGAACCAAGAAGUGUACCAAGUGCCCGCUCUGGCUGCACAAUUGCUCAGUGAGAAGGCGCAGAGCUCAUCAAAUCAGCACCUCUUUACACUUCCCAGAGCAACCUGGGCAUCAACACUGGGUAGCAGAAGUGAUAUAUAUGACGUCCCGUCCCCCCAGCGCCAUGCAGCCUUGUUCUCACAGGGUGUUGCCACUCCACCUUCUUCCAGAAAGAACUCCCAACUUUUCCCCUCUAUAGAAUGUUGCCUGGAAAAGUCACAGCAGCUUUACGAUAUCCCGCCAAGUCCACAAAAAGCAAGAAUUUGCACACUGAAGCCAGCCACGGAUAAUGUGUGUGAUAGUCUCCCAACAGCUUCCCAAGAGGCUAGAAAAGCUAUAUCAACACGAAAGGAUUUAAGCCAUUACAAUACGUUGCCAAAUCUUCAUAAGUCAGAAUGGAUCUAUGAUAUACCUGAAAAAACAGGUUUAAAACAAACUCCUCAGAGCCAGUCCCCAGAUAGGCAUAUGCUUUAUGACAUCCCACCAUCUAGGCUUGAUUCUGAUCUACAGAAAAUCCUACCAAUGAACAGUGAAUGCAAAUCAAUGAGCCCGCAAGCAUACGAUGUUCCAUCAGCUCAAAGGAGGUUAACUCUUCCAGAGAGUCCUCUUUAUGAUGUACCGUCGACACAUGAUGUUCGGUUUCUGCGUCAAAACGGUAACUAUGAUGUCCCUCCAGCUGUUUUAUCCUCCAAAACCGAAAAGGAGAACCAUCAACAGACUUUUUAUGAUGUUCCAAAAAGAACACUUACAACUUCGCCACAAAAGAAAGGGGUUGAAAAAUGUAAUUAUAAUUCCAGAGACAAUGUUUACAAUUUUCCUUCACAAUUACCAAGAGAUGCCAAAUCAAACCAAGACAGACUGUCUGUCUCAAGUGUAGACAGCCGGACCAGUACCAUAUCAACAUCAUCCAGUGCUUCUACUGAGUCCUUUUCGUCUAGUCCAUCAUCAUCUUCAGAAGAAUCCAACAAAGAAGCAACAAUGGAACUUGACUCGGCCAUAGAAACUUUGACUAAGCUACAGCAUGGGGUAUCCAGUUCUAUUGCAAGUCUAAUGAUCUUUGUGAGCAGUAAGUGGAGAUACCAAGAGAAUCUAGAGGGAAACAUUGAGGAAAUUCGUCGAGCAGUUGACCACAUAAAAGUUUCCUUGGGAGAAUUCUUGGACUUUGCUCAAACCAUCGAAGGAAAUGCUGCAUGUGCUUCUGACAGUAAGCUUCAGGUGAGAAUUAAAAAACAGCUGAGCAUCCUUGCGGCCUCGUUUCAGAUCUUGGUGGAAAUGAGAGAAGCGCUGAACAAAUGUAGAUGGUCGCUCGAGGUCCUCGUCAUUAAGAAACCUCAGAGCAACCCAGAUGACUUGGAUCGGUUUGUUAUGGUGGCUCGCACUGUCCCAGAUGACAUCAAGAGAUUUGUAUCCAUCGUCAUUGCAAACGGGAAGCUCCUUUUCAGAAAGAACUGCAAAGAGAAUGAGAGUAAAGAGCUGAGACACAAAACGGUGAAGGGCAGUCUCGGGCAGCGAAUGGAAGACAAUUCGCUUCUAAGAAACGUUUUGGAUAAAUCAAAAGAAAAUAGCCCAUGCGUGGAGAGGUCAGGAGCAGAAGUCACUGAAGAUUGUGAUUACAUUCAGAUACAGGGUUCCCCACCAAAGUCUAAUGUUCUGAGCGAGCAGGAUCCUGCCAUGAAAAUGAAACUCUCUGAUCUCUGCAGACUCUGUUUUGGUGCUGUUCAGAAGGCCAUCGGCGUUUUCCGUGACAGCCUUGGCAAAAAUCCAGCCCCAGAAAUCUUCAUAGGGCAAAGCAAACUGAUUAUUAUGGUGGGCCAGAAGUUGGUGGAUGCCCUGUGUCAGGAAGCCCUCGAGAAGGCCACACGGAAUGAGAUCCUGUGCGGUAGCAGCAAGUUUUGUAGCUUGCUGAAGAACUUGGCGGUUGCCACCAAAAAUGCCGCAGUGCAGUAUCCAAGUGCCGAGGCCAUGAGGGAGCUUCAGGAUCAAGCGGAUGGGCUGUUGAAAUACAUACAACAGUUCCAAGCAAUGAUGGAAUGAAGUUUUCCCUUUUUCUGGGGUCCUGAGGAUACUCAUAAUUGUGACUACAAGCACUGAGAUUAGUUACUGGCCAUGAC